GGAAUGAUGAAAUUUAUUUCGUAUCAAACGUUAAUUUAUCAGUUAAAUUGAGUACCAAGAAAAGUGUAGUUGUAUUAUUCAAGUUGCCCAGUCGUUAAUUUGCUAUAUGAUCGAAUAGAACUGAAGAUUUCAGUACUAAUAUAGUACCAACAUUCCAAAAGAUUCCUAAAGCGAUUGAAAUUGGUUUUUAACUUUAAAAUGAGUGUGUGUAAUAGUGGAGACGUUAAAUUAGAUGCAGCAGUUAAUGCCUGGCUGAAACACGAUAAGAAUCCCACAACGCGUCAAGAAGUAUUGGAUGAUAUUAAAAAUUCAAGAUGGGAGAAAUUAAAGAAGACGAUGCUACAUCGCCAAAAGUUUGGCACUGCUGGUCUACGAGGACGAAUGGGUGCUGGAUACACGUGUAUGAAUGAUGUUGUGGUUUUACAGACUGCUCAAGGAAUAUGUUCAUAUAUACAAAAGGUAUCCAAUAAUGCGCAAAUAAAAAAUGGAAUCGUGGUAGGAUUUGAUGGAAGACAUCAGAGUAAAAGAUUCGCGGAACUCACAACGAAGGUGUUCAUAUCUUCAUCGAUACCGGUCCAUUUAUUUUCAAUGGUUUGCCCGACACCACUCGUGUCCUUCGGAACAAUAAUGUACGGCGCCGCUGCCGGUGUCAUGGUGACGGCCUCCCACAACCCGAAGGAGGACAACGGAUACAAAGUUUAUUGGUCGAACGGUUCGCAGAUUAUAUCGCCUCAUGACGACAACAUACUGGAUGAGAUAUUGCAGUGCUUGGACAUACCAGACGAUCAUUGGGAUAUAACCGAAGUCAGAGCUCACGAAUUAGUCCGGGACUGCACAGCGGAAGUGACGGAUAGGUACAUGGCGUACAUCCGGGACAGCCUUCACGAGGACGUGCUGGAGACGAACAAAAGAGCCGCCAUCGAUGUCGUGUACAGCGCGAUGCACGGCGUCGGCUACGAAUACGUCUUGAAGGCCUUCGAAACGGCCGGAUUGAAGGCACCGACCAGCGUCAAGCAACAACAAGACCCGGAUCCAGAUUUCCCGACAGUGACAUUCCCGAAUCCCGAGGAGUCAGAGUGUCUGGCAUUGAGCAAGCAAGAGGCCGAGCAACGAGGCGUCAGCUUGGUGCUGGUCAACGACCCUGACGCUGACCGGCUGGCGGUGGCCGAGUUCGACGUCAGUUCGAAAUCCUGGAAGGUGUUCAGUGGGAAUGAGAUGGGCGCACUGCUGGGCUGGUGGCUGCUGACGCAGCACUACAAGAAGGACCCGUCUGCGAAUGCCGAGGACCUAUACGUGAUCGCCAGCAUCGUCAGCUCCAAGAUGCUGCGCGCCAUCGUCGACGGGAAGGGACAGUUUGUGGAGACGCUCACCGGCUUCAAGUGGAUGGGUAAUUGCUCCCUGCUGCUGGUACAGCAGAACAAGAUUCCGGUGUUCGCCUUCGAGGAGGCCCUGGGCUACAUGUGCGAUGUGCGCGUACCAGACAAAGAUGGCGUCUCGGCCGCGGUGCAAGUGGCGUCCCUGGCGUCGCACCUUCGCUCCAAGGGGAUGUCGCUAGGCUCCCAGCUGCAGCAGCUGUACGCGGAGUACGGGUACCACGUGUCGCACAACUCCUACUACAUCUGCCACGAGCCCUCCACCAUACAGAAGAUCUUCAGGAGGAUCAGGAAUUACGAGGGACCCGGUCAAUACCCGCGGCGGGUGGGCUCGUGCGGCGUCACGCGCGUCACGGACUUCACGGCCGGCGUCACGGCGCCCCCCGCGCCCCGCACCGAUACCCACCUCCGCGUGCUAGGCACCGGGCUGGACCAGGACUACACGAGCGGCGAGAUGGUGAUGUUCCGCUGCGACACGGGGCUGAGCGCGUGCGUGCGCACCAGCGGGACCGAGCCCAAGCUCAAGUACUACACCGAGCUGGUCUGCCGGGCCGACACUGUCAGUGAACAAGAGGAAAUGAAAUCGAAACUAAAGGAGAUCGUUCUAGAGUUCAUCAAUGAGCUCCUACAGCCCGAAGAGAACGGUCUGAUAGGAUAAUAAGCAAAAAUUGCAGCAUGCAGAUGAAAUGCAAUUUUCAGUGUAAUUUCAACGUCAACUGGAACU